AUGGGCUCAGUCGAAUCCCAGACACCCGUCGCGCCAGACUUUCGCUACAUUCCCCUCUCCUACAGCCAUGCCGACUCCCAGGCUUCUGCCUUGAGGCUCAUCCUCACCCUGAACCCGCACUGGGAGGGGCCAGGCAACAACAUCGAGUUUGUGCGAUUCACCGACGGCAUCACCAACACACUCUUGAAAAUCAUCAACCUGAAGCCUGGCCUGACAGAGGAACAAAUAGACAAUGAGGCUGUACUGAUGAGGGCGUACGGAAAUGGCACAGAGAUCCUCAUAGACCGCGAAAGAGAAACGAGGUCCCAUGCCCUUCUCGCCAGCCGCGGUCUGGCCCCGCCGCUCCUCGCCCGCUUUCAAAACGGCCUGCUGUAUCGCUUUAUCCGCGGCAAGCCCUGCGGCCAUCUGGAUCUAGUCUCCCCGCCAAUCUGGCGCGGCGUCGCGCGCCGCCUGGCCCAGUGGCACGCCGCGCUGCCUAGUAGUGGAGCUGCGCCUAUCAAAGAGACCCCCCUCGACGUCGAGCAGGACGCCGAUAUUACUGUAAUUCAGCCCCGUCGCGCUGGCCCGUCUAUCUGGGCGGUGCUGCAGAAGUGGGUGCUUGCUUUGCCUGUCACCACCCCCGAGCAGCGUGCUCGUCGGUUAAGCUUGCAGGCAGAGCUGCAGUGGGUUGUAGAGGCUCUGGAUGAUGGAACGGGAAUUGGAGAAGAUGGGCUCGUUUUCUCACACUGUGAUCUCCUUUGCGCGAACGUGAUCGUCCUCCCGAGCGAUGGUCACCCGACCCCUGAAGAUGGCAUCGCAGCUGUCAACUUUAUCGAUUACGAAUAUGCCGUUCCUGCGCCUGCUGCCUUUGAUAUCUCUAACCACCUCGCAGAAUGGGGUGGCUAUGACUGCGAUUAUACCAUGAUGCCGACUAAGUCUGUGCGUCGUGCAUUCCUCACUGAAUAUACCAAGAGCUACUGCGAGAAGAGCGGUCUGGACGCCUCGGCUCAAGCCGAGAUCGUUGAUCGAUUAUACGAGGAUGUCGACCGAUUCCGCGGCAUGCCUGGAUUGUACUGGGGUGUCUGGGCACUGAUUCAAGCUCAGAUCUCACAGAUUGACUUCGACUACGCUAGUUAUGCCGAGACCCGUCUUGGCGAGUACUAUGCCUGGAAGCGUGAGGUCGACGGAAGCCGCAAGCAAGCAGGCGAGGAGUUGCCGCUGCGCGAGUCACGCUGGGCGCAAGAGGCGUAA